AACAGGAAGCUGAAAGGAAAGGGGAAGAGAAAAGCAACAACUGCAGUUAUAAGUGUAAAGAUGAUUUGUUAACACACAAUGGAGACAUUAGAUGGGCCUACCAGAGUAGUAUUGGUCUCAUAUUUAUAUAGUUAUUUCCAUUUAAACAUUUGUACAACUUCAUAAUACGAGUAACACUGCGAAACCAGUUGACAGAUCGAACAUAGUGAACUUCUCGAAUUCAUAUUAGUUUUCAUGUGGGUCUAAGUUUGGGUCACGGAAGACCUAAAGAUCUGCAUUUUAUAACCAAGAUGGAUCCUCCGAAAACUUUACCCAUCAAUUCUCGUCUUUCUGCCAAGAACCAACAGGAAAACAUCAAGAAAGUCGCUGUUACAAGAUCGGGAGAACAGGCACUGUUUUUGGAGCUUGAUCAAAAUAGACCACUUGCUGCUAUUAUACAAGACAUUUCUAAGAGAUGGAAUUUGGCGAAUCCCGAUGAUUAUGCCCUGCAGUUUUCAGAGCCUAACAGACAGACAUACAUCACAGAAAGGAAUCGAUCUGAGAUUUCCAAUGGCAACGUGCUUCAGCUUACCUCCUCACCGGCAAAGACGGCUCUUGGUAUUUAUGCCAAGCUCAAAGACGGAAAACCAGAGGAGAGACUUGAGUCCAUGAAGAAAUUGGCCAGUCUCUCAUCAGACAGUACAUUUGCUAUGGAGUUCAUUAACAAGGACGGCCACCAGCUCAUCAUUAAGUUUGUUGUGGAUGGAAAACAUCACGGUGAGCCCUUAUCCUACAUCCUUAAGGGUUUUGUGGCAUUGAUGGAUCACAAUGUGGUGUCCUGGGAUGUCCUCCAGGUUGACUUCACAAAGAAGGUGACAGAAUGUGUGCUUAGUUCAAAGUCUGGAAAUAGCUGUAUACAGGCCGGUCUGGAGAUCCUGGAGUGUAUAGUAUUACAUAGUAGUGCAUCAAACAAGGUGGACAUUGUGGAACAUUACAUCCUCGGUCAACAGGAGAAAGUACACAGCCACCUCCAGACGCCUGAACUACAGAAAAACUCCAUGGCUCUCCUGAAUGCUUUGUUUUCAAAAGCUAAUCCAGUGAAGAAGAAGGAAAUAUCAAAAAUGGUGCAAUCAAAGAGAUUCAGAAAUAUUAUUUCCACGUAUGUUAUUGGGAGUGGGCGUGUCCCAGGCAAUGACAUGGCCCAUCAUCUGUACGUCUUACAAACACUAAUACUGAGUAUGUUUGAGGACCGUAUGAACACUCCCGCUGAUCCACAGGACCAGAUGGUGAUUAAGAACAUCGAUACAUUGAGGCCUACAGCUAUUGCCAUAGACAGCGACUCCAACCAGCCAGGGACACGCAAAUCUAACCUUUACAGAAAACUGGGGUUUGAGGAUCUUUCAAUGCCAGCACAAGACUUUGCCAGAAACACACCUCCAGGAAUUUUAGCUCUUGACAAUGUUGCUUAUUUUGCUGAAAAACACCAAGAAAAUUAUGUAAAGGUAGUCCUUGAAAACUCAAGUCGUUCUGAUGAGCAUGACUGUCCAUUUAUAAAAGCCAGCAUCAUGCUAACCAGGAUCCUUUGUGAAAUCCUAAAGAUAGGAGAGCCACCUCGUGAGGAGGGAGAGAAGUAUCACCCAAUGUUUUUCGGUCAUGAGGAGCCAUUCCAGGAGUUCUUCUGUAUCUGUAUCCAGCUUCUCAAUAAGACCUGGCGUGAGAUGAGGGCCUCCACUGAGGACUUUCAGAAGGUGUUGGGAGUGGUGAAGGAACAGAUUGGGCGUGCCCUGGACAUGCAGCCCACCUCGCUGGAAACUUUUAAGUCUCGUCUGAACCAACUCACAUAUGAUGAGAUAAUUAAUCUGUGGGAGAGAGAACGCUUGUCAAAGGAGGAAUGGGAGUCCCAAGCCAGGCCGAUAAUUGAGCUUCGCCAGGAAAUAACGCCAUGUAUUUUGGAUCUGAUAAAACAACAACGUUUAAACUACCUGAUGGAGGGGACCAGGUUCCACAAGUAUAACAUGAAGGGUAAAAAUAAAGACAAGAUGUGGUGUUGGCGUCUCUCCCCCAACCAUAAGUGUUUCCACUAUGCUGACUGUACUGAGGGUGAUAUUCCUACCCUUGACCACAUGCCAAAUAAACUGCCUGUGAGCGAAAUCAAAAGUAUCAUCAAGGGAAAAGACUGUCCUCAUGUUCGAGAGAAGACCAGGGGACGACCGCAAUCAAAAGUACAGACUAUAGCCACCAAUUUAGCGUUUGCUAUUCAGCCUUCCUCGACGACCACUGAUUCUCCCGAGUCCUUCUGUUUCGUAGCUAAAGAUGAGUGUGAGUUUGACAUGUGGAUGGAUGGCCUGAACAUUCUACAGACAGCAGAGAUGAGUAGCCAACAAAGAACAAAAGAUUUAGAGCUACUUCUAAACAUGGAGAUAAAGAUUCGGAUGCUGGAUGCAGAAGGAAUAACAAUACCCACAGAACCGCCACCUAUACCACCAGAACCUGAUAAUUACGACUUCGCCCACCCAAAUUUAUGAUUACACAGUAACUGUAGUCAUAACAAUGAUCCUGUCAAGGUGGAUUAGUGCCGAACAAUUUAUACUGUACAUAACAGUCAAUAAAACAGUGUCUUUUAAAACCAGCAGUCGUCAUCUCAGUGAAGAUAUGUUUCUGUUGAUGUCGUCAUCUCAGUGAAGAUAUGUUUCUGUUGAUGUAGUCAUCUCAGUGAAGAUAUGUUUCUGUUGAUGUAGUCAUCACAGUGAAGAUAUGUUUCUGUUGAUGUCGUCAUCUCAGUGAAGAUAUGUUUCUGUUGAUGUCGUCAUCUCAGUGAAGAUAUGUUUCUGUUGAUGUCAUCAUCACAAUGAAGAUAUGUUUCUGUUGAUGUCGUCAUCACAGUGAAGAUAUGUUUCUGUUGAUGUAGUCAUCACAGUGAAGAUAUGUUUCUGUUGAUGUCGUCAUCACAGUGAAGAUAUGUUUCUGUUGAUGUAGUCAUCACAGUGAAGAUAUGUUUCUGUUGAUGUCGUCAUCUCAGUGAAGAUAUGUUUCUGUUGAUGUAGUCAUCACAGUGAAGAUAUGUUUCUGUUAAUUUUCAGUGUUUUAAGCUUUACAGGGAAAUUGUUUCUCGAUUCAAAUGUGGUAUAAUGAAAGUACUAAUUAUACUGUCUAUCUAACCACAAUCAUGUACACGAAUGGUGAUAGUGGUUAUACUGUCUAUAUAACCACAAUCACGUACACGAAUGGUGAUAGUGGUUAUACUGUCUAUAUAACCACAAUCACGUACACGAAUGGUGAUAGUGGUUAUACUGUCUAUCUAACCACAGUCACGUACACGAAUGGUGAUAGUGGUUUGACAAAAUGCAGCUAUUUUCUGUCACUAGUGGUACAUGAAAUUCGUCGCUUAAGUUUAAAUUCUAAAAGACUGUAGUUCUAUAAUGGUACUAGCAUAAACCCACUGUCUGGUUGGUGCUUGUAUUGUUGAUUAAUGAAAAUUUCCAAAUAUCAAUGAGACCCCUAUCUUUAGGAUAACUUUUUGUCAUUAUUGCAUUGAUUCAGUUUUUAAUAUCAUAAUUCACAAACUCAUUUUGUCAAUAACAGAAUCUUAUGAUAUGCUGAGUUACAUGUAGUUGUUUUGUGAGGCUCAGAACACUCUCAUAAUGUUGGUAUUUGACAAUAGAACUGGUCUCACAAAACGUCAAACUCCACAACUGUUACAGUACAUUUAGUAUUAUGUAUAAAAUAUAUUCUGUAUUUUGUAUUACAUGUACAUGGAGAGUCUGUGACCAUUUUUUGUAUACAUUUGUAGAACAAUAUUUGCUAUUACAUUUAAAUGCAAAGGAUCUGUAUUUCUCCAACAUUCUCAGAUUGUGGAUCAAUGUAUAUUAGGUGGAAAAAGAACCUUCAUCUUUACUUUUAUUGAAGGAAAGUUGCCUCUAAAAGUUGGAUUGAAUUUUCAGAAUAACUUUUUUUAAUGAGAUUAAUAAUUAUAACACAGCAGUAUUAUAUCAUCAUUUUUUUUUGACAAUUAAAGGACUUAUCGUUAAGUUUAAGGUUUAGGAGAAAUAUAACCAUUAAUUAAUGUUAUGUAGACCAGGAGGAUCUCGGCUACUAGGAUCUAAACAUGGUCAUCACUGAAAUGAUGAAAUAUUGGAGAACUAUAAAAUCUCAAACAUAAGCAGUUUUGCGUCUGGAUGUCCAUUCCUAAUUUCUCUUGACUUGGGUGGUCAAGUGUCCAGUUUGAUUACAAAAAUUUGUGCAUAAAUAUAGUCUGAUCUAUAAGCUUGAUGUGUCAUAAGUUGUCAGUCUGAUUGGUUCCGUCAGGAUUUCCAUAUAAAUAUUGAUGUGAUGACCCAGUUUUUGGAUCCUGACAUAAUGUGAGAGUUAGUGGUAUAAACAAUCUAAUUUUUUUGUACUUAAUUUUAUUGGAGAAAUAGACAUUUGUUUCAGUGGUGACCACCUUUAUGAUGUCCAGAGAUUGGAGCUGUGAUUAUUGUAGAUAACAAAAAUCUCUUGAGGGGUUUUUCAACUCUCCUUUAUACAUUAAAGUCAUGAUAAAUAAACUAAGAUUGUUUUAAUCUUUUUAUUUUUUUAGUGAAUGUGGCACUAUAAUUGUGAAAAUAAAUGUUCACAAACAGGCAGAUUUUGAGUAGAUGUGACCGUUAUAAUGUAACAUGUAUACGGUACAUUAUUUUUUUAUUUACAAUUCUGUUAAUUUCUCUCUC